UCUCUCAACUCGAUCAGCGUCUCGACGUCUAACGAUCGAUCGCGGUACUGUGCGAAUUCUUUGAACUAGGCGCUUAAAAAGCACUGCCAUUCGCUCCGAUCCCUCAUACGCCGUGCAUUCAUCGCGACUCGUGGACGUGCUCCGUGUGAAGUGGCUACAAACAAAAAGCGCUAAAUAGCAGUCUCGACUACCCAACGAAUCGUCCUUAUCGAGGACAUUCGAAACGAACUCUCGUGCUAACAGUGAUCUAGUGUGUUGUCUAGUGCGAACCGAACUCAGCGGAUUUUGAGUGUUCCCCUUGGAUUUUCCACUACUCGAAUUUCGCAACUCAAUCCUUAAAGAUGUCGCCCAACAUAAUAGGCAGCACCUUCAUAUUGGCCGAGACAGCGAUUGCCGAUGGUAACAACAACAAGAUGGCCGCCACACCCGCCGCUUCUGCCGCCCCCGCCCCCGCGGCCACGCCCACGCAGAAGGUAGCCAAGAAGACGGAGGUGAAAACCCCGGAGAACAAGCCCUACGAAAUGGAGAUCGUGUGGCGAAACGUGGGUCUCUUCGUCAUCCUCCACUCGAUGGCUCUUUACGGACUUUACUUGGUGUUUGCGGAGAGUGCCUACUUGGAGCUUUUGCCUGUUUAUGUGACCAUGUUCCUGGGAGGUCUGGGCAUCACUGCUGGAGUGCAUCGCCUGUGGUCCCACAAGGCCUACAAGGCCAAGCUGCCCCUGAGGAUCUUCUUGAUGCUGUGCCAGUCGCUGGCCUUCCAGAACAGCAUCUGGGAGUGGACCCGCGACCACCGCGUGCACCACAAGUUCACCGACACACACGCCGAUCCCCACAACUCCCGGCGCGGCUUCUUCUUCGCCCACAUGGGCUGGCUGAUGUGCAAGAAGCACCCCGACGUGACCACCAAGGGCAAGCAGAUCUCCAUGGAGGACAUCGAGCAGGAUCCCGUCGUCAUGUUCCAGAAGAAACUCUACUUCGUUGUGAUGCCCAUCUGCUGCUUCGCCCUUCCGAUGAUCUUCCCCUACUACGUGAUGGGCAGCUCGCUGCGAGUUUGCUUCUUCACCUGCUCGAUGCUCCGCUUCUGCCUGUCGCUCCACUUCACCUGGCUGGUGAACAGCGCCGCCCACUUCUACGGCAUGAAGCCCUACGACGUGAACGUGAGUGCGAUGAACAACAAGCUGGUGUCCACUCUGACAAUCGGUGAGGGAUGGCACAACUACCACCACGUCUUCCCCUGGGACUACAAGGCAGCCGAGCUGGGAACCUACAGCUUCAACUGGACGACGGCCUUCAUCGAUGUGAUGGCUAGGAUUGGACAAGCCUACGACCUGAAGUCCGUGUCCCAGGAGAUGGUCUACAAGCGAGUGCUGCGCACUGGCGAUGGCAGCCACAUCGCCGCCUUGUUGGAUGCGAACAACAACAGCCCCAUCCCGACCAGUGAACUGGUGGCCCACCUAGAUCACGACAAGGAGGAGCACGCUAUCUGGGGAUGGGACGACAAGGACAUUAGCGAGGAGGACCGCAAGUCGGCCAAUGUGGUGAACAAGGAGUCCGAGUGCAAGUUGGAUUAGGGGGAGCGGGGAUCAAACGGGAUUCGCCCAAAUCGAAAACACUUCUUGCUGCCACAUCGGGUCUGCAGUAUUUAAUUAUAUUAAUUGCCCGUUCUCCGCACUGUUUGCAUUAUGAAAAGCGAAGAGGGGAUAUGGUAACCCGGGGGGAGGAUUCCGAUCGUGAGACCCGAAGCGAUGGCAGCAAGGACACCUUAUAUAUCAAUGGCUUCAAUUCCAAAUACAACAAAACAACUCAAAACUAUUCGAGAUUAGUCAAAGCAACUCGUUCGCAGCAACGGAGUGUUAACAAAAAUCAGCAACUUACCUUAUUCCUGAUUCUCUGCGCACUUGUAGUUCGGGGAAAAAUGAACACAUAUGCCAGCCUCUCCCUAUUUCUAUUUCUAUCCCUAUCUCUAUUUUUAUAUAUUAAUAAUUGUAUAUUUACGCAAGAGGUUCUAGAAUUAAGCGUACCUACUAAGAUCUACUUUAAGCAUCGACUUUUAUGUGUGUGUACAUUGUGUUAGUUAUGUAGGUCUAAAAUUGUACAUUUCAGUCCAACUAUUGUUGAAAAUUAUAAAAAAAUUAUAUAAAACUAAAAAAACAAA